AUGCGCUCCGCGGUGAAGCAAGCGGCUCUCCUGCUCGUAGUGUGGAGCUGCUGCAUUGUGUUUGUUUUGUCUUCAGAUGCUCAAUACGUCAGCUACAUCUCUCCUCAUAGAGGGAGCAUCAACGGAGCAACACGUCUGACCAUCACAGGAGACGGUUUUGCCCAGGAGAGACAGUUCCAGCUGAAUCCAAAAGACGACAAUUUCGGUAACCGUGUGACCCUGGUGUCAGAUACGCUGUCAAUCCCCUGCGAUGUGGAGAGAGACUCAUCACACAGCAACCAGAUCAUGUGCUACACGAGACCCUUGCCAAAAGAUCAAUAUGUGGUCCGUGUCAGUGUGGAUGGUGUUCCUAUUCCUGACAGCAAAAUAUGCGGGGGUAGUAUCAAAUCGUAUCACUGCAGCAUCUAUACCGUCUGGUAUCGUACACCGACUAUCUCCUCUCUGAGUCCACUCAGUGGUCCACCAGGCUCCGUGGUGACAGUGCGCGGACGGAUCUUCACUGAUGUGUACGGAAGCAACACUGACAAGAGCUCAAAUGGCCUCAACGUCCGAUUUCUGAGAUCCUACAUGGGAGGGAUGCCUUGUGAACUCCUUAAACCAGAUUCAGAUGAACUGUACAACCUGCAACUGGACACUGAAUCUGCUUGGUGGGGACACAUGAGCUGCAAACCAACUGGGACGUAUGUUGGUCAUCACAACUUCAGUUACAUUCUUGAUAGUGAAUUUGGAAGGAGUUUACCAGACAAGAAUCUGUACCGGGUGUCAGCUUUGGGCAAGCUCUCUAUGUUUCAGACCUAUGCAGAGGUGACAGGAGUCUCACCCUCAAUGGGUAGUGUCGUGGGAGGAACGCUCUUAACCAUCCAUGGGCGCUACUUCGACCAAACCGAUCAUCCAGCACGUGUCCUCAUCGGAGGCCUGCCUUGUGAAAUCCAGAGUGUGUCUGAUGACAGAAUUACGUGCAGGACUGCCGAGCACCAGCCCAACAUCAACAUGACACUGUACCCGGGUGGCAGAGGCUUGAAAAUGGACACAUGGAACGCGACAAAACCCCGUUACCUGACUGACAUUUGGAGCUACAAUGAGAACACAACUGGAUACUGGUCGCAGUGGGUCGACACCAUGCCUUAUGACUUUCCUUAUGAAAGGAAUACAUUCUGCACACGAACCAGAGGCUUCUUUGUCCCUCCAAACAGCGGCAACUACAGAAUUUACCUCCAAUGCGAUGACCGAUGUGAACUUUACCUCAGUAACUCCACCCUCCCAGAAGAUAAGGUUAAAGUUGCUUACCAGACGUCUUAUACAUCAAGCUUCUCCAGAGAUUCACAAAAGUCUGAAGUAAUGUCUCUUGAGAAAGGAAAAGCCUACUACAUGGAAAUUCUGCAUGAAGAAUACGGUGGUGCAGCAAAUCUCAGACUUGGCUUGUUCCGAGAGGACAGCUCUUUUACCAAAGACCAGACAGAUGAUGCUGUCAAUGAGGGUCAGAAUAUCAUACUAGAAUAUGAAGCGUUCAAUGAAGAACAGAUGGUUACCUUUGGGUCGUGGCCCAGUGGUGUCACCGGACUUGAAGAGGUGCAGAAAGUGACUGUCAGCAGCAGCUGUGCGAGCCAUCACUGUGGGAACACCUUCUUUAGCCUGAGCUACGGAGACGCAAACACUGGACCGAUCCCUGUGAGCGCCUCGGCAGCCAUCAUGGAAGCAGCCUUGAACAACCUUUGGUCCAUCAAACCCGACACAGUCAAAGUGACCAAACAGGACGACGGUCAAGGGUCUCACUUCACCGUCACAUUCAAGUCUGACAGAGGUGAUUUCAAACCUCUCCACUAUGAGGUUUUUGGCUCCAACACCAAUGUCACCAUCACAGAAGUUACCAAGGGGAAAAGCAACUUGGAGACUUUCACUCUGCUCUGGGGGGGAAUCCCUACAAAGCCCAUCGCCUUCAAUGCAACUGCGUCAGAGGUUCAGUCUGCUCUGGAGGACAUGAUGAAAGCCGAGUGUCCCGGUGAGAUUCUGAGCACUGAAGGAAACAAUGUGAAAUACUUCAAAGACUUUGAAGGAGACAACUCUCAGUUUGACAGCGCUGAGGAAGGGACCCCUAUGAAAAACUCAGGUUUCUGUGGCCAUUGGUCGCUGAAGAACGCAGAGGUUCUUUUCAAGAACAGCUACACCACAGAGUCCGGCGCCGCCUACGGAACAGUUUCAUUGGACAAGCACCCCAUGCUAUGCUUUGCAUACAAGGGAAUGUUGAAGGAUGAAAUUGGAAUGAAAUUCACAUACCGCAACAGCCAAGGCGAAACCAAGACCGAGACUGCAAAGAUCCACACUGUCUUCACUAAAGGCCACAUGUGGAAUUACAAAUGCAUUGACCUCAAGGGCUCUCUGCAGUCAGCGUACACAGGAGGCCAAUUCAAUCUUCAAGAGUUUUACCUCUACAAAGACGCCUCCGGGGCAGACUUCUAUGUGGAUGCCGUUUACAUUGGAAAGACACGCACCACAGCUGAUGAAAAUGCUGUUUCUCUCAAGAGGAGGCCUCCACCUUUUGAAAGCUCUGGCCUGUCCUUUGAGUUGAUUGAAGUUAGCAAAGACACAUCAAAUGCAAAGAUCAGCUAUGGGAUCAAAGCCACACCAGUGGAGUGUGGCUUCGGGUUCCCGCUUCUGGAGAUUUGCUUCCUGCAGAAAAUGUCCAACAGUAGCGAGGACAUGGCUGAGUUCAAGGAAGGAGCAGCCACCGCCACCAUCACCCGCGCCCACAGAGCCACCCCUCCUCUGAACGGCACCUUUGAUGUGGAGAUUUUCGGAGGCCGUGCCGAAGGUCUGUCGGUGGACAUCAGUCAGGAGGACAUGAAGUACGCUCUGGAGGGAAUCGCUGGGAUGGGCCAGGUCAGCGUUACAUAUGACGGAGAGUGCAGACGCCCAAGGUGGAGGGUGGAUUGGCUUACAAAACCUGGAGACCAGCCUCUGCUCCAGGUCAAUGGUUCUUCAAUUGUCGGCAACAACGUAGAAGCUUUCGCUCGUGAAAGGAGAAAGGGAGGACUGCUGAUUCGAAGCCUGACAGGAGAUUUCUUUCGUGUCUGGGAAACCAAACCACAGGUGGAGGUUUACAUCAAUGAGAUUCCCUCAAAGUGUUCUGGUGACUGUGGAUUUGAAUGGUCCGAGGAGAAGACUCCAGUUGUGACUGGAAUCAGCCCAUCUCAAGGCUCUAAUGGACUGGGGACUCUUUUGACUGUUACUGGCACCGGCUUCAGCAAUGAAAAUGCCUCCAUCAUGGUGGGAAAGGCGAAGUGCCAUGUUGAACAGAUGACUGCUACCACCCAGGUGUGCAGACUGGGCAGUGCCAGCGCUGGUACCUACCCGGUGUCAGUCAGCUUCCCAUCUCUGGGAAAUACCCACUAUGCAGGCGGCAGCAUCCCCCACUUCACCUACCAGCUCAUUGUUUCCUCCUUCUCUCCACUGUCUGGAAGCGUGGCGGGAGGCACACUGUUGACAGUGACAGGCUUCGGCUUCAGUAAGAACACCACAGUUACUAUCGGCAGCGAGGAGUGCAAAGUGAUUCGUGCAAGUGACAGUGAGCUGAAAUGCAGAACGCCCGCAGCAACUGCAGGGUCACAAACAGUCACAGUAAUGGUGGGAAACAUGACUGAGACAGCAGACAGCUCCUUCACCUACGAUAAUGACCUCACACCCCAGAUCUCAGGCCUGAGUCCCCAGACGACAACUGUUAUUGGACAUCAAGUUCUCACCAUCCUGGGUUCAAACCUUGGUGCUCAAGACAAUGACAGCUCCGUGCUCGUAGGCUGGAAAGAAUGUGUCAUUGUGCAGUGGACGGCGACGAACAUCACCUGUCUUCUCCCUGUGCUGCCACCCGGUCUGUACAAGGUAGAUGUACAGGUUGGAAACAAUGGCUACCCCCAAACAAGCGGUGUGAAUGCCAGCAUUGAAUACAUCCUGGAAAUCCACAGCAUCUCCCCCACAUUUGGCUCUCUAUUGGGAGGAACCAGGCUGACUGUUUCUGGAUCUGGUUUCAGCUUCAACACCUCUCACAACAAAGUCUCUGUUGGAGGAGCUGAGUGUGAAGUGAAAUCUGCCUCGGACAGUGAACUGCAGUGUGUUGUAAAGUCGGAAGAGAAGACCCACGUCGUCACCAACCAGGGAUCCCAUCACACUUAUGGCGAGGGGUAUGCGUGGAGUCCUGCCUCACUGACCGUGUUUGUUGGAGACACAGUAAUGUGGCGUUGGGAGGCUCCGGCCUUCCAGAACGUCGGGUACCGGGUCUUCAGUGUUUCCAGCCCGAGUGGUACCACCUAUGAAGGAGGAGACUUCAACAGCGGAAACACCAAGACCGCUAAAGGGUUUUUUGGCCACCGGUUCACAGUGCCUGGUGUAUACUACUACAGCAGUGGCUACAUAGAUGAUGCCAACGUCAAGGUGCUGCAAGGUGUUGUGAAAGUGGAGCCUCGGGAGGACAAGAGCAACAAGGUCUCUGUCAGCGUGGGAGGCAUGAUGGCCAAACACGUGACUGGAGGUUCACGUCAUGCCAGGUCGACCCCUCAGUGUGUCGCAGCGUCACAGUGCAAACAGACCAAUGAGACAUCAGACGGCUUUUCCUUCAGUGCCUCCGCCUGCUCCACCCCCACAGUCAACUCCAUCUCUCCCAACCAAGGUUCAUACCAGCAGCUCAUCCACAUCCAGGGAAAUGGCUUCAGUGACACUGCCUGCGCCAAUGAGGUGACGGUGGGAGACGAGCCCUGCCAGGUGAUCAACAGCUCUUACUCUGAGAUUUACUGCCAGCUGAGCCAGAACAGCGGACUUCCCAUCGGCAUCCCCCUCUCUGUAGCUGUCAAAGUUAACAACUUGGGCAGCGCCAUCAUCGCUGUACCAAAAGAGCUCGGCCGUCGUUUUGUGGUUCUGCCUGUUGUCAACUCAGUCUCGCCUCAUAUCGGCAGCACCACUGGCCACACCAGGCUCCAUGUCCACGGAUCCGGCUUCUCCAACGGGGAAGUGACUGUAGCCAGCGAGUCAUGCGCUGAUGUGUCAGUCAAUUACACUCUCAUUAUCUGUGACACGUCUCCCUCUCGGGCACACACUGGUGAUGUCGUCGUCCAGGUGGGAAGGAUCCAGAGCUCCUGUCACUCAAACUGCUCCUUCGUGUACUCUUCUUCCAUCACUCCCACAGUCAGCAGCAUUUCCCCCGACAGCAUCAGCGAUCCAACCACUGUCACCAUCUCUGGCUCAGGGUUUGGUAGCAACAUGGAUGACGUGGUAGUUUUCGCCAGCACAAUUGAGUUGCAAGUCACCGCAGUGACUGAUGGAAGCAUCAUGCUGAAUGUCAGCGCUCUCCCUGCAGGCAACCACACAGUCAAAGUAAUUGUGAGAAGUAAAGGUCUGGCAUCAGGUCAUAUCACCCUGAGCAGUCAUGCCCAAGCCGUCAUGAACCCCGACGUGGGCAGCCUGGAAGGUGGAACCCCUCUUGUCUUCACAGGAAACGGCUUCGCUCCAGGGAACACCAGCGUGACGGUUGGUGGCCAAAUCUGCCAAAUCCAGGAGGUGACACCGAGUCUUCUCCGCUGCCUGACGCCUCCUCACAGCGAGGGGCUGGUGACGGUCAACAUCGAAGUCCUCUCUGUGGAGUAUCCUCCUCUCAACUUCACCUACUCUGCAGCCCAGACUCCUGUCGUCAGCUCCAUCAGCCCCACCACUGGGCCGAGCGAUUCAGUCAUCACACUGACAGGUUCAGGAUUUGGCACCGACCCAGACCACGUCUGCGUCUCCAUAAACCACGUUCCCUGCAGUGUGUCCUCAGUCAGCAACACCCAGGUUCAGUGCACCGUGGGAAACAACCCUGGGGGGUCGUACCCAGUCAUGCUUCGUCACCACGUCAAAGGUUACGCCCAGUCAGAGGUCAUGUUCACCUAUGAGCUGACUCUCAGCAGUGUGCAGCCCAACGAGGGCGGUUUCGGCGGCGGCGCCCUGCUGUCCGUCCAGGGGUCUGGCUUCGACCUGCACAACUCUACUGUGCUGAUCUGUGGGGAGGAGUGUGAAGUUGACAGAGAAAUGUCGACAUCAAGCCGUCUCUACUGCCAGUCCCCAUUCAACAACGGCACGGAGUCACAGGUGAGCUGCCUGGUUGCUGUCAUUAACCAGCUGGAUGCCGUCAACAUAUCAAAUGGCUUCACCUACAAAUCUCAGCUCACUCCGGUGAUCACCGAGGUUUCUCCACGCAGAGGAGGAACUGCUGGAGGCACCAGGCUAACAAUCACCGGCUCUGGUUUCAGCACUGACAUGAACAAAGUCAACGUGACAAUCGCAGGUUCUGUGUGUGAUGUCAAGUCCACCAACAACACACACAUCAUCUGUGUGACCAACGCUCAGCGGCAGUCUCAGGAGACCAAAGUCCGAGUCAGCAUCGGAGACCGUGGCAUUGCCAAAAUGGACAACGCUGAUUUCUUCUACAUUGAUGUGUGGUCGUCCAGAUUCACGUGGGGAGGGCUGUCUCCACCCGAGAGGGGCUCGUUUGCCGUCAUCACUAAAGGCCAGACCAUCCUGCUGGACACCAGCACGCCUGUGCUGAAAAUGCUCCUUAUUCAAGGAGGGACGUUGGUGUUUGAUGAAGCGGACAUCGAGCUGCAGGCAGAAAACAUCCUGAUCACAGACGGCGGACGGCUGCAGAUCGGCCAGGAAGGGGCGCCGUUCCAACACAAAGCCAUCAUCACACUUCAUGGCAACCUGCGCUCACCAGAACUUCCUGUUUAUGGAACAAAAACACUGGCUGUCAGAGAGGGCGUGCUGGACCUGCAUGGUAUUCCGGUUCCUGUCCCCUGGACCCAUUUGUCCCAGACAGCGACCAGCGGCUCCGUCACACUGACGCUGCUGGAGGCAGUGACAUGGAAAGCCGGAGAUGAGAUUGUCAUCGCCUCCACCGGCCACAGGCACAGUCAGAGAGAGAACGAGGUGAGGAAGAUCGCCAGCGUGUCAGCUAAUGGCAAGACACUCACCCUGACCGAACCACUCAAGUACACUCACCUCGGGGUAAGCGUCACGCUGCCUGACGGGACAGUGUUUGAGGGCCGAGCAGAGGUGGGUCUCCUCACCAGGAACAUCUUGGUUCGAGGAGCCCAACAUGAAGAAUGGAACGACAAGAUCGAAGCCUGUCCGGAUGGUUUCAACACAGGUGAAUUCACCACCCAAACUUGUUUCCAAGGAAGGUUUGGAGAGGAAGUCGGCAGCGAUCAGUUUGGAGGCUGCAUCAUGUUUCACGCACCCCGGCCAAAUGAGAAUCUUGCAAUCGGCAGACUGGAAUAUGUGGAGCUCUUCCAUGCCGGACAGGCCUUCAGGCUGGGACGUUAUCCCAUCCACUGGCAUCUGAUGGGAGACAUCAACUACAAGUCGUACGUCAGAGGUUGUGCGAUCCAUCAAACCUUCAACAGGGCCGUGACCAUCCACAACACCCACCGACUGCUGGUGGAGCACAACGUCAUCUAUAACAUCAUGGGUGGGGCCUUCUUUAUUGAGGACGGCAUCGAGACGCAGAACAUCCUGCAGUACAACCUGGCUGUGUUCGUCAAACAAAGCACCAGCCUGCUAAACGAUGACGUCACUCCCGCCGCUUACUGGGUCACCAAUCCCAACAACAUCAUCCGCCACAAUACCGCCGCAGGGGGUACCCACUUCGGCUUCUGGUACCGUAUGCAUGAACACCCUGAUGGCCCAUCCUUCGACCGAAACAUCUGCCAGAAGAAGGUUCCCCUCGGUGAGUUUCACAACAACACUGCACACUCCCAGGGCUGGUUCGGCCUCUGGAUCUUCCAAGACUUCUUCCCCAUGAAGAGCGGAGGCUGCAGAUCCAAAACCCCAGAGCCUGCUGUCUUCCGCUCCCUCACUGCCUGGAACUGUGAGAAAGGUGCAGAGUGGGUCAACGUGGGCGCAGUGCAGUUCGAUGGCUUCAUCAUGGUGAACAACGAGAAAGCCGGCAUUGAAGCCAAGCGCAUCUUUCAGUGGGCCGUGAGCAGCUUCGGAGAGAGUGGAGGGGCGCUGGUGUCCAACAGCACCAUUGUGGCCCAUGUGGAUGAGCUCGGACUGGGAAACAACCACUGCACGCACCGAGGUGUCAUCACGCCAUACGAUGAUGGCAUGAGUGUCCUUAACACCAAAUUCAUCAACUUCAACCGCGGCUCCUGCGCAGCCAUCGGAGUGACCACUGUCGAUGGGUUGUGUAUCGAUCGGUGUGGAGGCUGGGCUGUCAGGUUUAGUGGAGUCCAGUACUUCAAUUCAAACAACAAGGGGGGCUUCAAGUGGGAGCACGAGGUGCAGCUGGUGGACACUGAUGGCUCCCUCACAGGAAACAUCAACCACAAAGUUGUGCCUAUGAGCUCCUUGCUCGACCCUGCGCACUGCUCCCAGAGUGCCGAGUGGAGCGUUGGCAACUUCCCCGGCGCUGUGUGCGACCACACUGUCAACUUCCACCGUUUUGCAUUCAACAACCCCACACCCAGCUCUCUGAAGGGCAAAGAUGCCAUCAUAACCAAUGAACAUGGCACCAGUGUGGUUCCCUAUUUGAAGAAAAGACUGACUCAUAAGCUUGGUUGGAUGGCUCUGCUGGUUUCUGGAAAAACGUACAACUGGUACUUCAAUGAUAUGGAUCAUCUCACAAACAUCACUUACGAUGCAAAGUUCUACGGCUUCAAGUUAGAUCAAUACGUGAUCAUGAACCACAACCUCACACAGAGUCCUGACAGGUUCCGUAUAGUCGACGAGAGGAACGGCUCAUCAACGGCGCUAAGCUUCAACAAUAACGACAACGGAGACUGGUACUUCGACAAAAGCUCCAAAAACCUCUACUUCAUCGUGUCUGGGAAGACAGUCAGUAAGCGUCGGCGUCGUAACAGUGUUGACCGCUCCAUGAAAGACGUUGGCGUGAGCUUAAGGGUCUACCGCUGCUUCUACACCGACUGCAUCGCACCAACGCCACCGCCUCCCGCCACACUCGCCCCCCUACCCAGCGGCCGGCCAGACAACUUCAUGUAUGUCUCCAGUCGCUGGUCUAAUGCCUCUUUCUGGGAAAGUUCAGCUGAAAACAACUUCACUGUACCAUCAGCAGGCGCUGAUGUGGUCAUCCCAUCAGGAAAGUGGGUAGUUUUGGACACCAACACUCCUCCUAUCAACAAGCUGACGGUCAUCGGAGUCCUUGAGAUCUCCGACUCCAUGAACACAUCUUCCAGCAGACCAGCUCGCUCCGAACCGGUGUACGGCACUGUCAUGAUCGAUGCUGUCUACAUCUCCAUCCAGGGCGGCAGGAUGUUUGCAGGAUCAGCUGACGAGCCAUUCAGAGGUCAGCUGCACAUCACACUGAGAGGGAACCACCGCACCCCAGACUGGCCUCUGCCUAACGGACCCAACCAGGGAUCCAAAGUGCUGGGUGUGUUUGGUACUCUGGAGCUCUACGGACUGCCUCACAAUGUUUACCACACCAAACUAGCUGCUACAUCCAAUGCUGGCUCCAACAGCCUCAAACUGGCACAGUCUGUCGACUGGCAGGUUGGAGACGAGGUCGUCAUCUCCACCACGAGCUACAAUGCAUCGGAAACAGAAAAACACAAGAUCACUGCUGUGUCAUCAGACGGCCGUGUACUAACCCUGGACCAGCCUCUGGCCUACAUGCACAUCAGUGAGACUCACUCUGUCUCAGACACGUCAUACACUCUGGCUGCUGAUGUCGGCCUCCUGACCAGAAACAUCAGGAUCAUCGGUCAGGAGUAUGAGGAUAUGAUGAAAGACUCAUUCGGAGCCAGACUGUUGGUCGGCACCUACUCCUGGGCUGGAAUCGACUAUAAAGGCAAGGCUCAGAUCAGGAAUGUGGAGUUCUUCCACUCUGGUCAGGAGGGCUGGAGCGACUACAGCGACCCUCGCUACUCUGUGGCCUUCCUCAACCUUGGAGCGGUAACAGAAGACUCGUACCUUCAGGGCUGUGCUUUCCAUGACGGCUUUGCUCCGGCAAUCGGAGUCUUUGGAACAGAAGGGCUGAACGUUGACGACAACAUCGUCCACCAAACUGUCGGAGAAGGUAUCAGAAUUUGGGGCAACAAGAUAACAGUGAGGAGAAACCUGGUGAUGAUGACAUUGUGGCCUGGAUCAUACCAGGGCAGAGAGGAGUCCUUCAACUUUGCCUGGAACGCUGCCAUCGAGGUCAACGAGGGGACGAACGUUGUCCUGCAGCAUAACAUCGUGGCAGGUUACGAGAGAGUGGCGUACCGCAUCGAUGGUGAACCAUGCCCAGGUAAUCUGAACGAGAAUGAGAAGUGGAUUCAUAACGAGGCUCACGGCGGUUUGUACGGAGUGUAUAUGAACAAAGACGGUUUGGCUGGCUGCAGUUUAAUUCAGGGCUUCUUCAUCUGGAGGAGCCUUGACUUCGGCAUCUACUUCCAGGUCAUCAUUAACGUGGUCAUUUCUAAUGUGACCCUGGUGGACAACGGGAUGGGGGUUAUGUCUAUUAUGUACGCUCCUCCUGCUGUCUCCCACGUGUACGCUGAUAAGAAAGUACACAUUCAGAAUGCACUGAUCGUUGGCAGCAGCCCGAACUUCAACUGUGCAGACACUUUGUCCGACAGCCACUUCAAUAUGGCCAUCACCAACGGACAUCGAGCCCCCAGACCUCUCAAUGGUGGCAGAUCUGGAAUCUGCUGGCCAUCGUUUUUAUCUUCACACAAUACUGCUCCAGAGAAGCCCCAUCCUGGGACCAUGAGCUACAACGCCAUCAAAGGAAUGAUGACAGUCGUUGACACAACGUUUGUUGGAUUCAAAAACGUCUGCUCCACCGAGACGAACGUGAUGUUCAUGACCAACCCGAUGAACGACGAUUUGCAGCACCCUGUGGAGGUUUCAGGCCUGAAGAUGAUUGACAGCACAGAGUUGGCCAAAGUCUUCAUCCACAGGGCUGAUCUGGGGUUGAUAGACCCGUCUAACUGUGUGGACAUGGAGUGUGAUGCAAAGAAGAAGAGCUUGCUGAAGGACUUGGACGGGUCGUUCCUGGGCACAGUGGGAAGCGUGGUGCCUCAUUCUGAGUUUGCGUGGGGAGGGGAUCCCAGGAGGGGACUGGGCGACUACCGAAUCCCCAAAGUCAUGCUCACUUACCCCAACGGCAGCCGCAUCUCUGUGGACCAGAUCGCUCCACACAAAGGUGUGAUCAGGAAAGACUGCACUUACAUAAAAUCCUGGCAGAGCUACAAGUGUUUCGGGCUGAAUUACAGGAUGCUGGUGAUCGAGAGUCUUGACUCAGACACAGAGACCAGGCGUCUGUCCCCAGUCGCUGUGCUCGGAGAUGGCUAUGUGGAUCUGAUCAAUGGCCCUCAGGAUCACGGUUGGUGUUCUGGCUACACCUGUCAGAAGAGAGUGUCUCUCUUCCACAGCAUCGUGGCCACCGGCCGCAGCUUCGACAUCUACUUCAGCAGCGUGAGCCCUCAGAAACUUCGCUUCAUGAUGAUUAACGCGGAUCAAUCUGAGAGCAUCAUGGUGUCAGUCUUCUACUCCAAGCCUCAGCGGUUGGAUGUGUACGUUAACAACAGUCUGAUCGCUCCCACUAAUGCGAAGUGGAACGAUGACAAUACUGACUACACCCUGAAGGAGCCGACCUCUCCAGGUCAGUACGUCCCCCAGCUGAGCGCCACUAUGGGUACCAACUACUUUGACCAGGACUACAAGAUGAUCAAGGUCGUGCUGAGAGGCUCCACACCGGCAGAGAUCCGAACCGCCCCAGUCCUCUUCAUCUCCUUCGAGCUGCCCGCCAUGACUGAGGAUGAGUUCUUUGGAGAUAACCUGAUCAAGAACCUUGCUACGUUCCUCAAAGUUCCCUCAAAUAUGAUCCGCAUCACCAAAAUCGUCCGGGAGGAUGGAGGAGCACGACGCAGGAAGAGAUCCGCAGGCAUGAAGGUGGAACUGGAGAUCAAGAAACCUCCAGUCCAGCAGACCUCUAACAGCACCAAUGAUGAGGAGGACUUCACUUUGUUGAAGAAUGUUGCGGAUAAUCUGGGUCAGGCUGCCGUUUCUGGUAACCUGAGUCAGUCCAUCGGCUUCAACGUUUCCUCAAUGGGCGUCGUCCCUCCUCCUCCUCCGUCCUCUGACCCCAACUGGAAGAAUGUGGCAACAGAGGAAGUGACGAGGGAAGACGAAAAAGUGAGCUACGUGACCAGUGUGAAUAACCUGCUGCUGAUUGAGGAGCCCAUAGCCGGGGAGUACGUGGGUCCUCUGCAGCAGCAGCCAAGUCUGAUGGCCGUGGAUGAACAGGGUAACUGUGUCUCUGUGGGAGUAACGUCUCUCACCGCCACGGCCAGCCUGAAGGACGCCAGCGGCAACAGCGUGGACGGACUGGAAGGAAACACCACUAUCCUGUUCAGCAACUGCUGGGCCAACUUUACCAGCCUGGCCAUCGUCAACAGCGGUGAAAAUCUGACCAUGGACUUCACUCUGAACGAAUGGGGCGCUAAGUCAAGAUCCUUCUCCGUCAAGAAUACCCCGACCACCCAGACCCCCUUGACCAGCAGCGAUGUCACUGUGCCAGCAUCCAACACCCCGACCACAAGCAGUCAAUUCACUGCGCCAACCUCCACCACUCUGGUCCCCACCUCAACCCAUCAGUUCAACACAACCAAGCAGUUCACCACCUCAACCACAAUCGACGUGCCGACCACUGACAACAGCAUCUUCAGCUCCAGCACGGCCGUGACUGCUGGUAGUCUGUGUGUGGUCAGCGUCAUCUACGCAGUGGCCUGCUGUUCAGGCGACGUUCCGCUGUGCUAG